AUGCCCUCACAAUCAAACGAAAUGUUAUCUUACGAUGUUUUCAGUGAUAAUUCACAUUUAACGACCUGUUCGGAAGGGGAUAAUCUAUUUCAUGAAGAAUCGGGUAAAUACGAUCUUGACACGGUAUCGGUUUUCGUCGCCAAAUUAUACCAUCGCGUACGCAAUCAGGCGAUUUCUAACUUUUGUGCGAUUUCAUUUAAUAACAGAUUGCUCGACGGUGACGAGUACAAGGAAUACCUUACGUGGAAUGAAACCGGUGAUGUGUUCGUGAUCUGUAAUAUGGACGAAUUCGCGCAAAAUAUCUAUGGGUUUUAUAGGGUGUCAGAUGCUCGCAAAUCAAAGCACGUUCGAAGCAAACACGCCUGUGUGUUCUCCCAUUCUCAAUUCAGACGCGGUCGGCAAGACCUAUUGCCAAACAUACGUCGCAAGGUGGCGAAAUCUGGGAAAAGAAAGUCACGUCCUUCGGAACCUUUGUUGUCACAGAAUCAGAGUGAAACCAACACUGUCUCUUCUCCGCCCUCAGUCUAUGGGUCUCCUGUCAAUAGUAAGAACGGAAGCAUAACAAAAGACUCGCCUUCCCAAUAUAUGCUAAAUUCCUUCCCCGAAUCUAAAGAUCUUGUAACACAUGCUGACAAGUCCGAUAGUGAAGACGCUAUGCGUAAACGAAUUGCAGAAUUAACCGCGAUAACAGAAAAUCUUCGGAAGGACUUAAAGAAUAUGAGCGACAUAGUCAAUGAACGUUUGCUUCCCGAAGUUCGUAGUUUAACCGAAGACUUACAUAAGCAUCAAGUUCAUUUGAUGCAUCUAACCCAUCUGGUGGCCUAUCAUUCCUCACCAGAAGACAUCCAGUUACUUCCGGAGGUCAGUCGCGGAUACACUCGGCACAUGCCGUCGCAUGAUAUACCACCGGCAAAGCGCGCGCGCCUCGAUAAUAAACAGACUGCCUCCGUCAAAAUGGAACGGUCAAAUUUAUCGUCAUCGACAGUCAUCAAUGCGCCCACGGUUCCUUCAUCGGUUGCCAAUGCAUCCGCUGUCCCUUCAUCAUCAGUGCCUUCCUCUUAUGAUACCAUAUUUGCGUCCCAUUCAGACAACAAUCUAAUGAACUCGCCUACCUCUCCGAUCAUCGAUCAUUCGGUUCAAGGAGCACCGUCAGUGUCCCAACCACUAACAAUGCCAACCGACUCUCAUCCUGCAUAUAAUAUUCCAGGUUCCCCAAUAAUCGGAAAUUUCCAAUCAUCUUCGCACAACGAUCACUCGUGCCUCACAGGUUUCAAUGAGUCCUGGAGCUCAACGUGUCACUCAUCUGUCUUGAUGUCCGAUUCAGUCAACGCCGUUCCCAAUUCUUUUCUGUUUCAGACAACAAAUUCCAAUCAGUCUCCGAUACUGUAUUCUCCAUCCUCGAACCCAUCGCCACACUCACGACACGAGCAACUUUCAUCUCCCGCUCCCUCCGCGGCUCCCCCAAUGAGUCCAACCAAAUAUGGUGACGGUACCGCGACCACGGCUCACUUGAUUUCAAAUUCCGUGACCACUGCCUCAAGUACAAACGGCGAUCGUCACAAUGAGGUUAUCGUCGCUGUGUCUCCACCACCAUCAACCACAUCGUCCUCUCCCAUUUCACAACCCACGACAUCAAUAACAAAUUAUUAUCAACCCCCUAUGUUGGAGAUGUAUAACUCAUAUUCGAAUUAUUAG